UUUUCUGAGUCAUUCAGCCUCUACCUCACCAUAUGUAAUGUGGUUUUUACAUCAUAGUUACGCAUUCCUUUGAGGAGGAGAAAAAGGGCUCAAAGCUCAUCCUUGCAACCUGCCUCCACCAUGCUAGCACAUCAAGAAAGUACAAUAGCGAUACUGGACAUGCCUACAAUAGAAAAUAAUUACUACACACCUACCCCUGCUGAUAAUUAUAUUUCGGCCUUUUCUAGUGCUUUCCACCUAAGCAACCUAAGGUGUUCUGCAGCCAUUAAUAAAUUAAAUGUCAUAACACUCCUGGGAAGCAGAGAAAUAUUAUGAUCCCCAUCGCACAGCUGGGACAACGGCGCACAGAGCAGCUACUGCCCAUGAAAAUGACCUAUCAUUUGGGUACCUCUAUUUUCUGACUGCCCAGCUUUAGCUAUGUGGGAUCCAGCUUCAGAAGUGCUGAAAACUACCAAUCCAGGGGAGUCAAUGCAAGCUACUGGUGAUCAGCCCUACGUCUCUAAAUGGGGCACCAAAAAUGGAGAGACCCGAUCUUAGCAAUCAGUUCUGAAAAUUUGCACCUCAGUGACUUGUGUAAGGCCACGUAGCAAGCACGAGGCAGAGCUGGGACCAGAAGCAGAGGUUAUACUGGUAUCUGGUUUCCCUUCUAUUCUGCACAUGAUAUCUUUCUGUGUGUGUUUUAGAUUAACAAAGGGACUUCAGGGUGGUGAUGCUGAGCAUUGCCACACCACAUUCUUAGGCAGCUACAAAAUCGCUGGCACUUAGGCUCCUUUUUCUAUGAAUGGGGAGAAACAGCACCUCAGAAUGGGAUCCAUAAAAACCAGCACACUAGGGGGUCCCUGUUUAAGCUAGCCAAUGGGAGACACCAAGCCUAGAGGUCCAUGGUAGGCACCUAAAGCCAAACUCCCCCUGGCUGGGAUUCUCAGCUGCCAACCCCCUCUUGAGGUUAUGCACUUAGGCCAUUUUAGCAAGAAGCCAGGGGAAGAGGGUUGGGAGGAGGAGAAGGAGGAGCACCACCCAUAUAACUAUUAGCCCAGUGGUUAGGUUACUCACCUGUAGGGUUGCCACCUGUGAGGUACAAGAGACUGAGACCACCAGGAUGGUCCUGAGCCUAUAAAACUGGACAGCUGGCAGUGUGUCCUGAGCACCCCUUACUGCUUUCCCAGGACAGCUAUCUCAAAAAAGGGGUGGUCCUAGGAAAACCUGAACAGGUGGCAGCCUUACUCACUGGGAUGUGGGACACCCCUGGUUUGUCUCCCUCCUCACCUGAGUGGGAGAAGGGAUUAACUUUGAUCCACUAUCUCUUAGGUGAGUGCUUGAACCACUGGGUAAUGGGAUAGUCAGAUGGCGGGGGGAGGGGACUCCCUCAGUCUUCCUGUUGAAGCGAUUCCACUUUGGAUAAAUAAUGAAAGGCCCAUUGGGCCAGAGAGAGAGCAUGCAAACAUGAGAAAGACUCUGUAGCCCUCUGGCUAGCCCAAAGGAGAUUGAGGAUCCAGUCCCUCUCCUCCAAUGACUUCUUAAAACUCUUUAUCCACAGUGGAACAGCUUUGACAGGAGACUGAGAGAUCUCCAUCUCAAAAUAGCCCAUAGCCCUGUGGCGAACGCACUCACCUACGAGAUGGCAGCUUAUAGUUCAAAUCCCUUCUUUCCCCCUCAAGUGGAGGGACUUAAAGUGGUGGUCUCCCACAACCCAGGUGAGUACCCUCCAGUGGGCUAAAAGUCAUGAAGGGGCUCUUCCUCUGCUGCCAUCUUAUGUAAGCUCACCUAUAGAGGGACUGAGCCAUAGAUGAGUUCAGAGCAUGCUUACUGGAUCCAGUACGUGCAGGUGAGUUAGGUGGAGAAAUGCCUAUUUCCCCCCAUUCAUGCCUGGCUCUGGGGCUUAGGUGUCGGGACACUUGACAUGGGUCUGUGAUGCCUAUGCCCAGAAGUAAAAGCAUUGAUGCCUAGGGAAUUUUUAUUGCAAAAACUUAGGCACCAAGUGAGUUUAGGGUUUGGUGGCUGCUGAUUGGGGGUUUUGGGAAUCCCAAUGGGCCUCAUGGUAAAAUUUAGGCAAUGGAAGUGAUAGUUAAGUGCAUAAGUCCUUUUGUGAAUCUAGUCAUAAAAGUUCAAUAUUCUCUGGUAACCAUUUUGCAACCUAGAAACAGGUGUCACCAUAACACCUUCCUGGGAAAAGCCAAUUAACAGUUGAAAUCCUAGCUUGGAUUAUUAUGAUCAAUAAUGCCAUAAGCCUUAAUCAUGCUGACACUGAUGUUGAAAGCUUACCCAAGGUGGCACUUUAUAAAGGCUGCAGUGCUGAGAAUAGCAUAGCCAGCUUCUGCUCAAAUGUUAAUAAGGAGGUGAAUUUCAAGAGGGGAGCCUCAAAGGAAGCAAAACUUACUUGUAAGACCAAAAAUACCCCUAGAACUGCAACCAUGAAUGGAACAGAGGGGCCAAAUUUCUAUGUGCCCAUGUCCAACAAGACAGGGAUAGUACGGAGUCCAUUUGAGUAUCCUCAGUACUACCUAGCUGACCCAUGGAAGUUCUCUGUACUCUCUGCUUACAUGUUUCUGCUGAUUCUUCUUGGCUUCCCUGUCAACUUCCUGACUCUGUAUGUAACCAUCCAACACAAGAAGCUCCGGACACCCCUCAACUACAUCCUUUUGAACCUGGCCUUUGCUAACCUCUUCAUGGUCUUUGGAGGAUUCACCACCACCAUGUACACCUCAAUGCAUGGUUAUUUUAUCUUUGGGAAAACUGGCUGCAACAUUGAAGGCUUCUUUGCUACACUGGGUGGUGAAAUAGCUCUGUGGUCCCUAGUCGUCUUGGCCAUUGAAAGAUAUGUGGUGGUCUGCAAGCCCAUGAGCAACUUCCGAUUUAGUGAAACCCAUGCCUUCAUGGGUAUCAUUUUCACCUGGGUCAUGGCCCUGGCCUGCGCUGCUCCUCCAUUGUUAGGAUGGUCUAGGUACAUUCCAGAGGGCUUGCAGUGCUCAUGUGGAAUUGAUUAUUACACUCUGAAACCUGAGGUCCACAAUGAAUCUUUUGUCAUCUACAUGUUUGUGGUUCACUUCCUCACUCCACUGAUCAUCAUUUCCUUCUGUUAUGGGCGCCUGGUCUGCACUGUUAAAGAGGCUGCAGCUCAGCAACAGGAAUCAGCCACCACCCAGAAAGCUGAGAGAGAAGUUACUCGCAUGGUCAUCAUCAUGGUUAUUGCGUUCCUCAUUUGCUGGGUCCCCUAUGCCAGUGUUGCUUUCUACAUUUUCACCCAUCAGGGAUUUGACUUUGGCCCUGUCUUCAUGACCAUCCCAGCUUUCUUUGCCAAGAGCUCUGCUAUCUACAACCCAGUGAUUUACAUUGUAAUGAACAAACAGUUCCGUAACUGCAUGAUCACCACCAUUUGCUGUGGAAAGAACCUGCUCGCUGACGAUGAUGCUUCUGCUAGCACCAGGACAGAGACUUCCUCAGUCUCCACCAGCCAAGUUUCUCCUGCAUAGAUUCCUCAUGGAAGCUGCUGAUCUCAGAGCUGGCAUGCCUUGUCAGCAAGGAUGCGCAAGUCCCAUUUGCAUGCAUGUAGUCGUGUCCACCAUCACCACUGCCUGCAUGUGAUUCAGUUAACCCAGCAGAAUGGACUUUUCAGUUCUGAUAAUAGAAAUCAUUUGAACAAGUUUGUACAUAUUUUUUUAAUUAAAUACAAAGGGGUAGCUCCUCAGCUGGUGUAAAUGUAUGUAUACACAUUGACUUGUAUAGCGUUAUCCCCAUUUACAUCGACUGAGUAUCUGGGUCAUGAUCCUUAGCUUCAUACAAAGGGACGAAUGUUCUCCUUUCACAGAAUGGAAAAGAUGAGUGAGGCUGCAGCCUUGUGGAUUCAUUCCUACCAUGGCAUCUAUUCUGGAUGUGAACCACAGGGGCCAUGGUUAGGAAAGCCCAUCGUAAAGAGCCAAGAUACAGCAAUCUAGCAGGGGAUGAGGUAUACCCGUGUUACAAAGCUGGGAUCAGUGGGGGUGCAUGAAACCUAGUGAGCAGUGGCUAGGGUUGCCACCUCUCCAGGUUUUACCUGGACAAUCUGAUUUUUGGCUUCUGUGUCCGGGUGCCAUUUAGAAUUGCCAGGUGCCCGGUUUUUGACUGGAAAAUCCAGUUAAAAAGGGGACCAGGCAGUGUCUGGUCAGAUGUACUGACCAGACACCACAAAUCUGGUUAUCGCAAGGCAGGGGAAGGCACCAGGUCAUUAACCCACACCAGCUCCUGCUCAGCUGGGGCCAUCUCCUACCUCCAGGAGGCUCCUUGUCAAGUUGCAGCAGCUCCCGUCCCAGCCUUAGAGCAGAGGGAGCCCAGCUGGGGGAGAUGAGGGGUGGGGGAGAAGAGGGAGGUGGAGACGAUCCAGCAAGUGGUGGAGGGAGGAGCAAACGACAGGGGCAAGGCCUUGGGGAGAACAGGCAGAGCAGGAGCAGGGGUUUGGGGGGAAGAGGCAGAGAAGGGGCUGGGGAAGAAGGGGGCAGGGCCUCAAGGGUCUGGUUACCAGCAGUUAGAAAGUAGUGCCAGUGACAUUUAAGGGGUUACAGUUUGGUAAGAUUUAAUCAUUAGUAGCAUCUCUAGAAUAACCUUGGGGAGGAUUCUGGUCUUUCCUCUGCUGCCCACACAAACUCCCCUGCACACAACCAGUUAGCUAUGCGGUGCACAAGGAAUAGGAUUUGAACCGUAAGCAACAGCUGAUUUGCAGUGUCUUUUCCAUAGCAUGUGACAUUAUAUUUCCAUGGUAACAUAUAUAGUCAUUUGGCUUCUCCCUGACUCUUCCUACAUGUCCAUAGACCAGACCCCUAUAGUUUGAGCUCUUUAUGGUUCUCCUGUGGUUCACCUACCAAUUUUCAGCUGUAAUUUGAUUUGGCAUCACACCAAGUAAGAGGUUUUGGCCAAGGCUUGUGCUUUUUGAGGAUUGAUUGGUGGCAAAUUUCUAUGCUUUUCUUCAGUUCAUAGCAAGCAAGCCAUGGGAGCAUAUGGCCCAGAGAUUUCAACAUAUGUUUAAAGCGUUAAAAGAUGGCAUAAUGCAAUUGCACCAAUGUUCUUUAUUUUAAUUUUUAGCUCAGUUAUACAAAUAAGAUGUUUUUCUUGCCCUUCUGUUAUCAACAUUUGAAACUAUUCUUGUAUAGUAUAUCCUCUCCAAUUUCUAAUUCUAUGCAGCUUUGCAAGAUCUGAUAGAGAACGUCUAUAGACACUAUGCAAGUUAAACCUUUAAUAAAGAGCAAUUUGCAAGUACAAGUCUCUCGUUAUUUAUUUUUAAUUGAUACUUCUACAUAUUCAGUGAAAUCUGAAGAUCAAAGGUUCAUGAAUCAUUCAGUGGUUAGGUUGAAGGCUCAUUCAUACGCUCAGAAUCUGAAAGAUUUUUUUUGGUAGGAAAGAAAAGGAAGGUUUUUUUGUUUUGGUUUUUUAGUUGUCCAGUUCUACUUUCCUCUGCAGGAAUAAUGGAAGAGGUUAGGAUGGCUGACAAUAAACCAUUGCAGUUUUGACAGAGUCAUGGGGCUGCUGAUAUAUCCAAGGGGUAGAGGGAUGGAGUUGUUACUCUGAGCUGUUUUAGUGUCUGAUUAAACACAUCACAACUAGAGCUGGAGGAGAAAUAGUUUUCCUGUCCCAUGAACCUUUCUGAGAUUUAGAAACUAUUUUCCUAUCCCCAAAAGGUCAAACUCUUGAACAUUUUCAUGAACCAAAAAUUGAAGAAAAAUUCAGUGUUGGGUCAAUUGAAAUAUUUCAUUUGAUAAUUUCAAAGCAUUUUGUUUCUAUUUUGACCAUUUAACAUUUGUUACAAGUUUUUUUAGCUUUAAUUAGCUUGACUGUGGAAACAAAAAGCCAUUUCAAACCAGGAAACUGGAAAUUUUUGUUUAAAAAAUGUUGAACCAGGAGUUUCCAACAACUUGGAAACUUCUUCUUUUCAAACAUUUUUUGAAUUGAAAACGUUAUGUAUGCUGACUCUUUCCUGAGGGAAGUUUUGGCUUUGAUGAAUCAGCAUUUUUUGAUGAGAAAAACAUUUAAUUAAUAAUUUCCCAACCAGCUCUAAGCACACCUUCUUUUGCCAUGACUCUGCUUUUCUGAUAUCAUAAAGUGGUUCUGCUCCAAUGUUAACUGGAGAGUUUCGUUUCUUUUGUUCAUAUUGAGACAAAUAUUUUGACGCGCUAGCAAAUACAGAGAUGAUAUGGCCCUAAUUCUCAGGUAAAUAGUUUAUUCCUCCAAUCAGAGUGAAGUUAGCAACAGCAUCAGGUAGCCAACUCACUGCCAUGUUUAUCCACAGAACCACCUGGGUCACAGCAGUGUAGCCUUCCCCUAGCCUGCUCUAUAUAUGUGCCCUGGCACUGGCCUGGACGGACGGCUGGAAGGCGUAAAAGAGCAAUUCAGUCACCUUAGUUCAGGCAAUUACAGGAGUCUCUGUUAAUGACACUUCCAGUUGUGAUGGGUGUGAUUUUGUGAUGUGGAUUGAGAGCAUCACCUUUUUUUCAUACAGGCCUCUACCAGCCAUCAGAUGGUAAUUCCUGCCCUAGCACAAAUUUGAAUCGGCAACCAAAUGUGAAAGG